AGUAACAAUUACUAAAGAGCUGAGCUGUGGCACUUUUUUUUCUCUCUCUCUCUGCUUCUAUCUCUUCCUGUUUUCUAAGGGUUUCUACUGUGACCUUAAGUAAUGUAUAGGAAAUAAUUUACUUCCUAUUUCUGGGCCAUACCAAGUUUCAUCUCUGCAUGAGUCUCUUCCAGGUUGCUUGAAAUGGUGCUUUUCUCAGUUAAACGUGGAGUUGACAUAAAGGCCAAGCCACAGGAGGCUGCCCCUUUUAUUCUAUUUUCUAAGGCUCAGGGAGCAUCUCUCUGUUCUCUGAGAUGCUGCCUGCAGAGUAGGAACUUGGAGAGAACACUAAAAUGCCCUCUCAGCAAAGAGUAGUGAGCUCCCUACAGAGAGUGUGAGCAGGGGCCUUUGAGCUCAUCACCCCUCUGUGGGACCAGCCAGGUGGUCCUUUCUGGAACUGUGGGUGUCUUUUCUGGGCAACCAGAUCAUUGUGUUUGAAUCAGAGCAUCAUUGGCUGAAAAUACUUCACUCUUCAUAAAGGUUGUCCAGUAUCCUGGGCUGUCCAGAUGAUGUGGAAUGGAGGCUCCAGAACCCACCUGCCCUGCCCCUCCUGCCAAGGACCAGCCAGCUCCCACUCCUGGCCCUCCAGGUGCCCCAGGUGGCCAGGCCUCACCUCACCUGACCCUGGGCCCUGUCCUCCUGCCGCCAGAGCAGGGCUUGGCUCCCACUGUGUUCCUAAAGGCCCUGCCCAUCCCACUGUACCACACGGUGCCUCCUGGGGGCCUCCAGCCACGCGCCCCCCUCAUGACAGGCAGCCUGGAUGGAGGCACCGUGCCGUUCAUCCUCAGCCCGGUGCUGCAGCCUGAAGGGCCUGGACCUGCCCAGGUGGGGAAGCCGGUGGCCCCAACGCUGACAGUGAACAUUGUGGGCACUCUACCUGUCCUGUCGCCGGGCCUGGGGCCCGCGCUGGGUAGCCCAGGCAAGGUACGGAAUGCUGGCAAGUACCUGUGCCCGCACUGCGGCCGUGACUGCCUGAAGCCCAGUGUUCUGGAGAAGCACAUCCGCUCCCACACAGGUGAGAGGCCCUUCCCUUGCGCUACCUGCGGCAUUGCCUUUAAGACCCAGAGCAAUCUCUACAAGCACAGGCGGACGCAGACGCACCUUAACAACUCCCGGCUGUCCUCUGAGUCUGAGGGGCCUGGGGGCGGCCUCCUGGAGGAAGGGGACAAGGCCGGAGAGUCCCCCAGAGCAGACGGCAAGGGUGAGAACCAGAGCCAGGGGAUGCGCAAAGGGGCCUCGGAGAGACCCCUUUCUCCGGUCGCCCAUGUGCCCCUUGUUGCCAAGAACCUGGAUGUGAAGACUGAGGCUGCUCCCUGUUCAGGGUCCGCAUUUACCGACAGAGACGCUCCUUGGGACUGUGCCCCCACGGCGUCACCCGGGCUCCCCGCAGCCGGCACUCAGCCCUGGCGCAAGUUGCCGGAGCAGAAGUCCCCGACGGCCGGGAAGCCGUGUGCCCUGCAGCGGCAGCAGGCGACGGCCGUCGAGAAGCCCUGGGACGCCAAGGCCCCCGAGGGCCGGCUGCGAAAGUGUGAGAGCACAGACUCCGGGUAUCUGUCGCGCUCUGACAGCGCAGAACAGCCGCCCGCUCCCUGCAGCCCCCUGCACAGCCUCUCGGAGCACAGUGCCGAGUCCGAGGGCGAAGGCGGCCUGGGUGCAGGGCCAGGGAGCGCGGGGCCCGAGCCCGGGGCGCGAGGAGCCGGCCUGGAGCUGGAGAAGAGGCGGCUGGAGGAGCGCAUCUCGCGGCUCAUCUCCCACAACCAGGCGGUGAUGGACGACGCCCAGCUGGACAACGUGCGGCCCCGGAAGACCGGGCUGUCCAAACAGGGCAGCAUCGACCUGCCCACGCCCUACACCUACAAGGACUCUUUCCACUUUGACAUCCGUGCGCUGGAGCCGGGCCGCAGGAGGGCCCUGGGCCCUGCACGCUCCACCUGGACGCCCCCUGACAAGUCUCGGCCCCUCUUCUUCCACUCUAUCCCCACUCAGCUCUCCACCACCGUGGAAUGUGUCCCCGUCACCAGGAGCAACUCGCUGCCCUUCGUCGAGGGCUCCAGGACGUGGCUGGAGCCCCUGGAGCUCCGGGAUCCCUGGCCAAGGACACAGAAGCCUCUGAGCCCCAGGCCGGGCCCAGCCCGCCUGGGUUGCCGCUCUGGGCUGAGCUCAGCUGACGUCCCCGGUGGGCACCCCCGGGCCCUGGUCAGACAGGCUGCAGUGGAGGACCUGCCAGGCACCCCCACUGGAGACGCCCCAGUGCCUGAAGAAGACAAGGAGGCAAAGAGAACUGCUGCACGGGAGGCCGCGGCCAGCAAGGGCAGGGCGGGUGGCAGGAAGUGCGGCCAGAGGAGGCUGAAGAUGUUCUCCCAGGAGAAGUGGCAGGUGUACGGGGAUGAGACAUUCAAAAGGAUCUACCAGAAAAUGAAAGCUAGUCCCCAUGGAGGCAAGAAAACCAGGGAGGUGGGAGUGGGCGGUGGGGCAGAAUUGGGCCUUCCUCUGCAGAAAAAGGCAGCAGGGAGCUCGGACACAGUCCCCACCCAAGACAGGAGGACCCUUGUCCAUGAGGACAUAUCCAAAGGGGUCACGCCAGAGCUUUGGGGAAAUCCACCUGCCGUGGAGGCCUCUUUGGUGACUGAGCCCCCUAAGCAUGGGAAGAUAGUAGCCAGGACAGGAGAUGGUAACCGACCCAGGGUGGAAGAGGCUGUGUCAUCCCCUGCACCGGGUGGCAGAGACAGUCCCUGUUCAGGCAGUAGGAGCCCCCUGCUCUCUCCAAAUGGGAGGCUGGAAUUGGGGUGGCAGCUGCCCCCAGCACGUGGCUCCCUCAAAGGGGGUGACCUAGAGGCCCCCAGGCCAGUUUUGCCAGAUCCCAAGCUGGAAGGAGGUGGGGGGAAUGUUCAGGAGACCUGCCCGUGGGCCCAGACUGUCCUGAGAUGGCCCAGCAGUGGCUCUGGAGGGGACAAGCUCCCCUCGGAGAGGAAGAAGCCGAAAGUGGAGGACCUGCACAGCCAGGAGCAACCAGAGCCUGUGGGUGCAGAGAGCCCACGUGGGCCCACGAAGGCUGCCUCUCUGCCAUCCCAGAAGCAGGACGCUGAGCCUGGGGAGGUGCCAGGGGGCUCAAAGGAGAGUGCCCGGCCAGUGGGUGAGCCUCUGGAGUCCUCUGGAGCCUCCUUGGCUGCUGCUUCUGUUGCCCCGACGAGGGUUAGGCUGAGGGACAAGGCUCCCCCACCGCAUCCUGCAGCCCCAGACCCUGGGGAGCAGCCCCUGCUGGCCACUCCACCUCUGGCUUCUAGAGUCCUCCCUGCCCUGGCAGACAAUGCCUUUUCCCCGAAGUACCUCCUCAGUUUACCUCAGGCAGAGACCCCCUCACCACUGCCUGUUCCUGGGAGACCCAGGCACAGCCAGGACUCUCUCUGCAGCAGUGGGUGGCCUGAGGAACAGGCAUCCUUUGUUGGGUCAGGACUGGGGACCCCUCUGCCUCUCAGCCCAGCCUCAGGCCCCUCCCCAGAUGAGGUGCAUAGCAUCCUGGAGGACCCCAGCUGUUCCAGGCCAUGGGAUGGGAGAAAAGGGGCACAGUUGGGAGCAGACAAGGGAGACAGGAUGGCUACUAGCAGGCCAGCAGCCAGGGAGUCGCAUGUCUCAGCCUCCAGGGCUCCAAGGGAGACCACCUUCUCCCAGCCCACCCCAACGUGUGAGGCCCAUUUUGUCCAGGACAUGGAGGGUGACAGCCACUGUAUCGGUCGCCUCUGCAUGGGCAGCACUUUGGCAAGGGCUAGGCCCUCUGGGGAUGUCCCAAAUCCCUGGGUACCCAGCUGGGAGGUGGGGGAGCCUCCUGAGAAUGCCCAGGAAGACCCUCCUUCAGAGUCCGUGGCAGGGCCUGACCCGUGUUCCUCCCUCCAGCUUGGCUCCUUCCUCACUGGCCUCACUUGGCCUCAGGGUGUGGCCUCAGGUUGGCCAGAGCUGUCCCUGUCUUCCCACUCAGGGACAUCUCGGAGUCAUGACUUCCACAGGCUCCAUAGUCCCUUUCCCUCACUGAAGGCCGAGCCGCGGCUCACAUGGUGUUGCUUGAGCCGCAGUGUCCCUCUGCCUGCGGAGCAGAAGGCAAAGGCGGCAUCUGUGUACCUGGCGCUGCACUUUCCUGGCAGCGGCCUCCAGGAUGAGGGUCCAGACGGCCCUCCUGGGAGCAAUGGAGGAUGGACCCGGACAAGCCCUGGAGGAGGAGGACCGGUGCAGACGUUCAAGCUCCCCUACCCAACAGUCCCAGGGGUGAUGUCCCAGGACCAGGUGUCUGAGCCACAGCGGAAGAAAGGCCUGCCUCGUAGGAGGGCAAAGAUGUCUCGUGGGAACAGCAAGCAGAGAAAACUGAGGAUCAACCCUAAAAGGUACAAAGGGAAUUUCCUGCAGAGCUGUGUUCAGCUGAGAGCCAGUAGACUUCGCAAAGCAACAUGGGUGCGAAGAAGAAGCUACUACCAUUCCCCACUCGAGGGACUGAAACCAUGCAGGACCCUUGGGCAGGCUUCUUCAGAAACAGCAGGUCUGAAUUUGCUAGAGGAACCAUCUUGUGCCACCUCAGAAUCACCUCCUUGUUGUAGGAAGGCAGACAAGAAGGAAGAUGACUGCAGACAAACCUCUGGAACCCUCUCUCUUGGUACAAGUUCAAGGACUGUCAGGAAAAUGGACAAACGGACUGUGAAGGAUAUUUCUCUGUCUGCUGGUGAGCAUGAUGACUGUACCCCUCACAGCACUGCUGCCACAUCAGGAUUAUCUCUGCAAUCUGACACCUGCUUGGCAGUGGUUAAUGAUACGCCUCUACCUGCUGGCAGAGGUCUUGACCUUGGGUUGCUGGAGACUCAGCUGCUUCCCUCCCAGGAUCCAGUCUCAACAGAUCCCACACCAUACAUUUUCUCAGAUGCUCAAGGGCAUUCUUCCUUUGGGUCCAAAGGAACUUUUCCCUGCCAUGACAUUCCUACCUCUGUGGCUGCCAUUUGUGUUUCUCUGACAGAGAGAACAGAUCACAUAACCCAGGGAAUUCACAGUGCUGAACCACAAGACCACAGCCAGACUGCAGGGAGGAGUCAGACACCAAGCUCCCCAGACAGCAAAGCCACAGAAGAGGGCAGAGCACAGACCCUCUUGCCAGGGAGACCUUCAUCUGGACAAAGAAUUUCAGAUUUGGUUCCACUGGGGUCAACUGAAAAAACUCAUUUUGAACUACCAGCUUCAGGACCAAGUUCAACUAGUUCACACCAAGAGGAAGGGAGACAGAAGACAUUUUUUCCUCCCAGAGGCCAGUAUGGGAGUGGGGAAACGACUGUUCCCUGCCCGCCUUUAGGAAGUGAUGGUGGGAAAUGUCAGGUAUCUGAGUUAAUCACUCAGAAGGGUUCUGUGGUUCCUUCUAACCCAGGGAAGCCCAUAGGAAUUCCUGAAGCCCCUUCUAAAUCCCUCAAGAAGAGGAGUCUGGAAGGAAUGAGAAAGCAAACUCGAGUGGAGUUCACUGACACCAGCAGCGAUGACGAAGACCGAUUGGUGAUAGAAAUAUGAAUCUUCCAGAGAAAGACAGUGUCUUUGGUCAAAGACAGUUGUUGAUGCUUCACAAGUAAAUGUUGCCAGGCUGGCAGAAGAACUAAACUCUAUGAAACACCUACAGAUUAGGAGAGCCAUUUUGAGUUCUUUACAAGCCAACUCCAACUGACUCCAGACCCCCAGCUUGGCCGCAGCCUUCCCUCACUCCCCUUGGGUGUGCUCUGCUCAUGUUCACGUGGUGCCAGGCAGGGAAGACAUGGCAGGAAGCAAACUCUGCAAAUGGCCAACUUGCACAGUGACGGAGCCUUGACUUCCAGUCUUGUCUUCUGCACCUGUCCCCCCUGCCUCCCUGCAAUCAAUUGGCACUAACCAAGAAAGCCACGAUCAACACAUUUCUCCAUAAGUGGACCCCACAGAGUCGAGGCAACUGACUUUCUCCGUUAGUAAAUUGAGGGUUUGCUUCCCAGGUGGAGAGCAUGCUUGGGAUAACUGGAGAAGCUUGACAAAGAGACGGGGGUAUGAAUUGGGCAGGAAGAUACUUCUGUGCAUUUUGGAGAUAAAAUUUAGAUACAUUAAAAAACUGAAGUUUGUUCAGGGUAAUUCACAUCCUUAGUGGAAUUGUAAAUAUACUUCAAAAUGCCUAUGAUUCAGUGAAAUGCUGAUUGCUUUUAAAUUUUGCACAAAUGGUCAAUGCUUAUUGUCAGAUGACGCAAGCCCCUGUUCCUGUGCCUGGUACCUUUCCUGUGGAGACCUCUGAGACCGCUGGUUUUUCUAGCUCUUGCAAAGGAACAUUGUGUUAAAAGUUAAUAGAACUGUCUCUCUGUAAUGAGUCAUUUUUUUUGAGAGGGAAAAAGUCACUUAUUUUCCUCUGAUUCUUUUUGUCAUAUUGUGCUCUGAGGAAUUUCAAUUAGAGGGUUACAUUUUAGUAAUCUGUACAGCUUAAACUGAUGCCUGCUCAUCGUGACGGGAACCUUUUAGAUUUCCUCCAGAAGCUUCAAGGAUACAAAACUAAUUGGAGUUUUGACGCUGUUUUACAUCUCAGUAAUUUUAUUUUCGGGGCUUGGUGUUACUUUGCUGUCAAAUUAAAUCAGCCUCUGUAUUGUGCAAGUCAGAACUGCACAGAUAAAAUUCCCCAGUAUUCCAAGCCAGUGCGCCCCUGUGCAGAAGAAAAUAGCAGAUCUACGCCAGCCAGCCCAGUGAGCAAAGCCUCAGAUCCGCUGCCUUCCUCUCCCCCUCCUUUCAUGGGAGAGGAGAAACUUAAAGACGUUUACAUUGCUGCAUUUCAACAAAAUUUUAUACUUGCUUUUGGUAUGAUUUUGUACAAUUCGAAAUUUAUAGCUGAGCUCUUUUAACUUUGAUGUAAUGAUGUUCAUAUGACAUCUUGUACUUCAAAGACACGGCAGCAAUGCAGAGCAUCUCACACAUAUGAAUACACUUUAGUCAGUCUGUGCCUGUGACUAAGUAUGGUCAAAUUUCAAGUAUCUUCAUGUGAAUUUUCCAAUUUUGGUGUUAUUCAUAGAAAACUUCAAUGCCAGAUCAGCUUCCCUGGUUACUUAGCAUAUGUUUGUGGCCAUUUCAUAUGCACUCAUAAAUAUCCAAGGAUUUCAGGCUCAGCCAAGAAAAACAUAAGGGAGGUAAAAAGGAUGUUGGACAUUUGCUUAGUGUACUUUUUAAACCCAACAAAAGUGAUGUGGUAAUUAUCUCCCCUUUUGAAUGAUCCAUGCCACUGUAAUAAGAGAGGUAGUAUAGGCAAAUGGUUUGAGCCUUGGAUGGAGACUGAAGUCCUGACUUUAGCUGGGAAAUCUUGGUUAAGAGGCUCUCUGUACCUCAGUUUCCCUAAGUGAGAAUAAGAUAGUUGGUCAAGAUGAAUUGAAUGUGUCUCCAGGUUCCAAUGUUUCUGAGAGUGGUUGAGUGAGAAGCUGCUCUCUCCAUAAAACGUGUGGACUCAAUGGCUUGAAGACAUUCCCCAUGGGGAACCAUUGCUACAGGGAUCUUGCAUGCAAGAAGUCUGGGUGGGGAUAGAGAGGAACUGAAACACAAAUACCUUCCACCAAUUAUUGCAGUGAAGAACCUGAGCCUGAAGAAGCUCCAACCAAUCUUUUCCCCAGAAUUCAGAUUUUAGGGUGCAAUCAUCCAGCCUAUACAUGUGGCUCAUAGUUCAAAAAUUAAAAUCAAAACCAGAAUACUCCAGUAUGAAUGGAGAAAACCUCUCUGUAGAGUGAACUGGCUCCUUUGUCUUAGGAGGCACUGACUGGGGGGGAAAGAAAGCUGUCUUCCAUAUCCCUCCUUUCUGAGUGACUACUGUGGCAUCAGCGGGAUCACUAGACGUAAAUCAGCAAGUCAUAGCUCCAAAUAGCACCAACUUGAGGAUAAUGGUGGAAGCUCUGUCCUUCUAGGAGCCACUGUUGCUGGCUGUCCCAUCCCAACCUAGGUCAAAUAUGGCAGAAAGUUGAUUUCAUCUCUAACUCCCUGUGUCUCUUACAAAGGUAGAGUAGGUUGCCAAACCACUUGCCUCCCUGGUCUUUGGUAGUGGCUGGCAAUGUUUACAAGUGUACCUUACUUUAUAUCAACACGAAUUUGUGGAAAAGUUAUAUUUCAAUGGGUUUUUAAAGAUAAAAAAUGUAUUUUGAAUGACCCUAAGGGAGUUCGCUCUUGAAAAGCAUCCUAAGGUAAAGUUUUUUUUAAUGAAAAUUUUAUAAAGCAACGAACAAUCUCUGAGUUUUUAAAUCUUAAUUUUCUUAUGGGCUUUCUUAAAGUGAAAUGUAAUUAUAAGAAUACAUUUUAAGGGUAACAUCAACAACCUAGAACCCAGCUUGGGUUACUGAAAAUAAAAUGUCAGUAUUAUCAAUUGGUAACUACCCGGGUUUUAUACUCUGCAUGUGCAUUACUGCAUGAUGGUUAAGGAAAAACAAAUUUAUUUAAGAACAAAGCAAACCAGAGUUUAAAGAUAGGAUUUCCUUCUUUCCCCAGUGCUGUUAAUUUUAUUAUAUCUUUAGGGAGGGGUCUUAACCAACUGGUGCCUUAGUUUCUUUCACAGAGAAUAGUUCCAGGGAGGCUGGCAUGAACUAAGGCAAAAGGCACUGAUUUUUUUUUUUUGCCAAUCUCAAAAGUGACAUUUCCUCAUAAUGUUCAAGACUCAGCAGUUUCCUCUUUCCAGAUGUACCUACAUCCAGCUAGAUCUUGUCGUGAAAGAUGUAUGGAGGGAAGAGGCUUCAGUCCUCCCUCCUUGGCAACCUACACUGUUAAGUGACUCAAAGUCACGUGAUUUUUGGUGGACAACUAGAAUCCUCCUUCUUGUAAAACACGUUGAAAAACAGCCCGUCUCUCCUGUUAGGCUUACCCCUUGAGAUUUAAGGCAAAGCUAAUAACCUCUUUGGUUCACAUCUCAUAGUAACCAGGAGAACCUAUGGUUCAUUUGCCAAGUGAUUUAAAAAAAAGAUGGAGGAGGGUGUCUCUGAAUGUAAUUGAAACACUGCCAAUAGUAUGGUGGGUAAUGUAGGGCAAGUCAGACUUUUUCUUCCUCAAAUCACUCUUGUAAAGCUGAGAUCGGAAGGGUAACCUUGCAGAAGCGUGUUAUGACCACAGUCCUUGGCAUGAAAGAUAAACGAUUUGCUGUCUCAUGCCAAAAAGUAUUUCCUUGCAUUUACAUUCAUUACUUAGAAUGAUCACAUUAUUCAUUUUUUCCCCCAGCACGGAAAUUUGCAUUUUGCACAGAAUUUGCCUGGUGCAGCAGAUUUUUAUAGUUAUGGAAACUGUCAUCAUUAUCGGAAUGUGCUGCUGCUCAACUCCCCAGACAUAAUUUAAUAUGGUGAGGAGAAAAUGGCCUGCCUGGCUCUAUGGGCGAUCAUAUUUCCACUGCUGCAGCAAACCAGGCUUGUGUAUUUUUCUUCAGUUGCUCAUGAAGGGAGACACUUUGGCUUUUGAAACACUACAUUUCUCAAUACUUAAGCACAAUUUCUUGUCUUUAUUUUUCAGAACCCAUUAAAUGUAAGGGUCAGGACCUAGACACUCUUAGGUGCUAGAUUUCUACCCUGUAUGAUUCUUUUCAUCAUCCAUGCUUUGUACUUAGGUAGACAUAUAUAUACAUAAUUUGGUCUGAAGAAGUAUAGGAACAUUUGAGCACAUUACUCCACCACUGGAAGAAUAGGAGCCAGGUGAAAAUAUCAGGCUCUGCCACUUGGAGCACUAGAGGAUGACGAAAUGUCUUAGGUGGGCAGUCAGCUAUUGAGGAUUUACUACUCAAUUGGUUGUUCACAAUCAGGGAAGUGAUUGGUUUCUUGGUUGUUGAAAUUUCUUUAUAUGGUUAAAUUAUUUUGUUUUGAUAAAAAUAAAACUUAAAAUGCAA